AUUCACAAAGCGUCCAAGGUAAAAACUUCCGAUGAAGUCUCGGGCUCGAACGUUACUAUUACUCGCCGUCUUGGGCGCCACAAUUGCAGUACCCGGCAAUGCACAACAAGAAGAAGAUAUCGAAUUGACUGCCGAUGAGCUUGCGCUCAAAGCACAAGGUGCGAUGCGUGUUGGUAUCGACGAAGCGAUCGUUCCCGAUGCAUCCUCAGAACAUCCGCUUAUCGUCUCGCGUCCGGAAAUGCAACCAUUAUGCAAACCUGCUUCCCCGCUCCAGCCUUCACAGGAGCUCGAUGUUAUGGCUGGAUAUGAAGCACAAGUUCUUGCUCAAGUGCAAGGCCCACGCAAAUUAAUCGUAGAUCCGGCAAACCAUAUCCUUGUGACAGGCAGUGAAGGCCUGUUCUCGAUCCGUCUCGAUGACUGCGGUAACGCAGAUGUCAAGCAGCUCUUGGACAAUCUUGACGAUGGUUCGGUCGGAUACGGCAUAGCACUCUACGAUAGCAAGCUCUAUGUCACCAGCUCCCAAUCUGUUCAUCGAUUCCCAUAUGUCGAUGGUCAACAUACGUCUUUAAAACUUGAAGAUGGCGAGCAAGUCCUCAUCAAUAUCAAUACCCAGAGCGACUUUGAUGUAGCUAUUGAUCCUUUCGGACAUGCUUAUGUUCCACGCGCUGCCAAUGAAGAAAACACUUUUGCUGAGAAGAGUGCACUUAUCAAGCGUUUCAAUGUCCAUGCAGUUCCAAGCGAUGCGUACGAUUUUGAGACAGAUGGAGAGGUUUUCGCAUCCGGCACAAACGUUCAUGGUGGCAUGGAUUUUGAUGCACAGGGACGCCUUUGGGGUAUUGACGCUCCCUAUCAAUCUUUCCAUCGCAGUGACUUGGGUGGAGAAAUUUCACCGAACGGUUUGGCAGAAGAAAUGAACGUUUAUGAAUUCCCGUAUUUGAACUACGGGUAUCCUUACUGCUUUACCGAGUACGAUCUCAAGUCUUACACAAGCCAGGCCAAAGGGAAGGGAGGACAAUGGGGUCAUCCUAGCUUUAUGAACGAUACCGUCGAUCUCGAUGCAUUCUGUCAAGAGAGUGAAAACAACCGACGGCCCGCUGUGCCACUAGCUCCCAUGAACAGUGCUUCUGCUGUCCAUUUCUAUAUGGGACAAUUCUGCUCUGUGGGCGACGAUAAGACUUUGGGUACAUCUGUUGGCAUGCCUUGCAACUGGACCGACACUCCUAUCGUUGCUUACCGUGGAAGCGCAGGCCAAGCCGACGGACACCGUGUCAGUCACUUGCCAUUCGAUGAUCUUGGUCAUAAACCUCGAUGGGACAGAGAAGAAAAUGUUAUUUUCCAAGCUAAGCAGCCUUGCCAGGGUGACGGUUGUCUUACUCCCGUGGGCCUUGCAGUGGAUGGAUAUGGGCGUCUCCUCGUAUCGAGUGAAGACACCAAUGAAGUAUUCAUGAUCCAGCGUAUCUACAAUCUGAACGCAGCUAGACUCAUGACAAAUAAGGCAAUUGCAAAGGAAGAGGCUCAGGAAGCGAUUGAAGAAAGUAAAGAGAUGGCAGAACUGAAAGCAAAAGGGAUAUCACCAGAAGAAGAUGAAGAAGAAGAAGAGGAGGAGGAGGAGCACGAAAGAGAAAAAGACAAAAAAUUUGCAAACUAGAGCAUUACUAUAAUAAAAAGCACGUCUGUC